AUGCAUUCGGGACCGGAUCUUGGAUUAAAUUCCGACGACCUGUCUUUCCCUUUUAGCGACUACAUAGAUGUUACCUCUACGGACGGAUCUCUUCAAGAUGAUAGACUCGAAGCUCUUCUGGAGUUAAGUCCUUUUCUAGACUUUCCAACUGCUUUUACUGGAGUGAAUGACAAAAAUUAUUUUCCAAUCUCCAGUUUUAGUUCGAACUACUUGAUGACUCGGCCAAAUAAUCAUGACAUGUUUCCUCCUGCUGAAGCCUGUUCUCCUUCUCCUAAGCUUUCCGAGUUGGCAUCCAGUAUCUAUAGCAAGAGUGCCAGCACUCACACUCCAGAGAGUACUAUUUCGCCUACCACUCUCUCUGUUUCAACUUCUUCUCAGUAUCCUACUCAGGACUACAUUCACGGCCCACCUCAGAAGUCCUUCCAGGACCCCAUCCAAUACCCCUUUGAAACCUUUAUUCGUGAUUCCACUCCUGACUCUAUUCAAAGUUCGCUUCAGACUUUAGUUGACCUGGAAUCCCUCAAACGUUCUAAUUCUGAUCCUGGUCCAGAAGAGCUCCCUAAUUCCGUGCAAGUCAAAUACAUAUCUCCCUAUUCUUUGGUUAGGGGCUUCAACGUGGGAAAAUGUGGUACCAAACCACCUGAAGAAAUUCCUCAUGACGAUCUCUAUAAAUUUGUUACUUGUGAACUAGAUGUUUCUGGUGCUAGCUAUGAUUGCAUUUGCGAACCUUCUUGGAGUAGUAAAGAAUCUGAAGAAAUGAGAAGAAUUGUUAGAAUACAAAGAAUACAGACAAAAAACAUAGUGUUUGCAGACUUUAGCAUCGUUGACACUAGCGCUGAAAAUUCAAGAUCUGAUCCUCCAGAGAAUAAUAGAAAUGAUCUCCUGGAGGUGUCAUGUGUUCGAUGUGAAUGUGCAGAUGGAGACGAAGGAAUCAAUGGAUCUGGCUUCAGAUACUAUAUUACCAGUGUUGAGGUGAUUAAGAUUGUCGAACUAUUAGUUCAUAAUACUGUUAAUCAAAGUGCAAAGGAGAGGAGAAGAGAAAGGGGUCGGAUUAGAUCUAAUUUAGCGCAGCUUUGGUGGAAAGACUCUAUUAAUCGCAAGAAAUGGAACAACACAACUAACCACUCAGGACGGAAAUCGGAAAAUGAUUGUAAGGUGGAAUUGGCUCAAAGGAUUAUGGGUUAUAAAACAAGGAAACCAAGAAUUUUCAACAAGGAUGUUAGAAUUCUCGAUUGGCGGAGUCUAGUUCCUGCUUUACAUAGGGCUAUGCAGUGUUAUCAUGUGAAGGUUCCUAAGGUAACUACUCCUAAUUUGUAA